AUCCUCCUUCUGUGUUUGUGUCUCUCUGGACGGAUUAUGAGGGUAACUAACGUGUACGUUUUGGUUGCCUGAUGACAAACCAGCUGUCGAGGGUCCGUUUUGGGCAAGCGGAGCUCCAGUUGGGAGUAAAUGGCUGCACUGGUAUGCUUGGUCUCUUGUCUGACGACUGCUGCUUGGUUACCUCGCUAUAUAUAGAAGAAAUGUGCUGUUCCCAGUUCUGUCUAUGGUGAUAACACGAGGAACUGGUGCAAAAGACACGUUGCCUAGCGUGCUGUGGGGAACAUAACAGGUAGAGCUGGCUGUAGUGUGGGACCACUGAGUUGAUCCCACCAAUCGGUGCUUAAGACUCAUCUAAUCCAGUUUAACAUCUAUCAACAGCUUCAUGCGUUGGAUCGACAACAGUUGUCUUGCUUAUCAGUUGAGCUAUUCAUAGAGUCUGUUGAAGGUGUCAUCAAAAACGAUGGUUUUAUGUUGUGAUUGAUUUAGGUAAACCAUGGAGCAUGGCUGUUUCUACACCCAUGCUCCACUGUUGGGAGCCUCACGUUGGUCUCUGUCCGCCCAGUGUUAGUCCUGUAAACAGCCCUGCCCGCCCCCUCAUCCUCGUCUAAACGAGGACAACACUUAGUUUCUCAUGUGCGUGUUCUAACUUCGGGUUCUGCAUGUUGGACUGCGACUCGCUGGUCUGCUUCGGGAUCAUCUGAUGUCCAGCAUUGGACCCAAGGAGGCUCUGGAUGUCUGCCUAGCUACCAGGCUAGCUAACAAUAGCUCAAAGUCCUCCUGGGCCUAGUCCCACCGCAAGGCCUCCCUAUGAGUGGGCUAGCUUAGCCCUGGGUAACGGGCGCCCAACGGUGCUUUUCUCACAUUGCACGACGUGUUUACCUUCAGAUCGGCUUUAUUACAAGGCAAUGCUCCUGAAGUCUGGACGAUGGUUCUAAAAGGUUUGUGGUGUUAGCAUUAAGACGAGCAGCUUAUCGGGAGCAUCACGUGUUCCUCCACGUGUUCCGGGCAGCAUGGGGACAAUGGCGCUGGCCUUCAGGCUGCGGGCUUUGAUGCGUAACGUGGGAGGUGAACCCUUUUCUUACGAAAACGAGUGGUGCCUUGCGCAGGUCCAUUUUAGACUGUUUGGUUAAUCUAUUCUCAACGCAACAUCGACCAUUUGAAUCGUAAUGCAUAACAAGCUAUGCUAACUAGCCAACACAACAUUGCGUUCAGAACGUCCUAUGACGUGAGUCGAGAAUGCUCACACGGCCAGGUUUGCCAUACAUGUGGUAAAGGGUAAUGUGACACAUGUUGGUCUAUUGACAGUGAUUUGAAACGUGUAGCUGCUUUGCUGUGGACGUGAGCAUGACGACGUCUCUGUCCCAUGAUCCCACUUGGCAACGUGGUGCGCUGUAGAGGCGACGUGGUGUUGACUCUCCACGCGUGUGUCCCCCAUGCUGUCCGUGUAGCGACCCACCAUCCCCCAUUGACAUGCAGCUGUCUGCUGUGUAUUGUUGGUGAGUUAGGCCAUAAUGUGUUGCAUGUUGGCCAAACUAAGAGUUUACUCCUGCCUCGUUGAAGGACAAUUUAUACAACUUGUAUCACUAGGCUGGUUAAGAUGGUUGAUAGAUGUAGUUUAUAUUAAUGCUUUGCGUCGCAUAAAAGUGGAGUUUGUUUACUUGGUUAUAGUCGAUAUAUAUGUAUUAAAAGGUUGUACCAUGUCUGCUAGAAUGACCUAAUAAGGGAAACUGAAUAUGUUCAUAUCAAAAAUCGACUAAGCAUUGUACUGUUGUAUCCAUUGUUUGUAAAUAAGUGCAUUAAUGCAAAGCAAGGGUUUUCAUAUGCACACAUCUGUUGAGCUAUGUUUCUUAGAUCUCUAGCGUCAGCUAAAUUAGUGUUAUGUAAGGCACCACUUUAUUGAUCUUCUUGGCAUUUCAGGUUAAACAUAUGAGGUUUCCAUUGUUGUUAAAAGUCUCAUUAAACAUGUCACUGAUCAUGCACCCCAUCAUAUGAUAUUUCAAGUAGGCCUAUAUCUUCCUAAAACAGCGUUAAGCAGCAGUAGAGUAGAUCUGCGUCCCGUACCAUAUUCGUGCAAAACCUAAGAACAAGGACACACGCAUGUGCCCUUGUGAAGUCAAAUAACAUGACCUCAUUUGUGUAAACAUGUGUUUUGUGUCCUUUCAAUAAACCCAGGGAAUGUUUUCAUGUAAUGCACUCCACUGAAGAGAAAAAUCCUUAAAAUGUUUACACAUCAACUGCCAAAUUUAUAUCAAGUUCAAUUUGUCUGUAAUCUGAAGGUUCGGCACAAAACUUGGGGUUUUUAGGACCCUCUUAAAGGUCAAACUAUAUUUGAGGAAAUCUGGUAUUCGUAUUUCAUCAAUUUCAAGCUCAUUUAAAUGGGUGGUAUGGAAGAGUGUGAGGUUGUCCUGUGAGGUGACUUGUCUAAGUCCUGGUCAAACAUAACUGGUCUGGAGAGACCAAUGAGUUCAUUUUGAUACAUUAGCAUUCCUUUAAUGGCUGCAGAAACUUCCACAAAGGGCCAAUGAGUCCCCAGUUCUGAGGGUCAGUUCUCCCAGUACUAGAAACAAUAGAAGGGACUUUCGACUGGUUUUCUUUGAAUUAGUACUAUUUCUUGGAGCGUUGUUUUAAUUUGGUAUAACGUGAGUAUAAAAUAAAAAGUACAGAGCUUCCCCCAGAAAACGUCUUGGUCAAGGGGUGGAGGGGAGAAGAGAUGUAUGUUUUCUUUCCCUAAGAGUAUUCUACUUUGUUAAUGCAUAAUAAUUAAAAUAUAGGCAGCCAUCCUGCCCUCUUUGCGAUUUGACACGCAUUUGUUUUUGUAUCCUGGUUUACGAGGUGUUGGUCGAAGCAACAGCGUCUCAGACUCCUUUGCAAUGUAGCGUGCCGUAGGGCCUGCCCUGCGAGAAGGUAUUUUCAUGUUGGUUGUUUACGUUGACUUCAUCUUUUGGGGGGGGGGGGGGGGCACAGUUGUCUGUAGACGAGGCAUUUCUGCUGAAUGAACGACCCUCUACAGUCACCUUUCACAAGAUUACAACCAUGUGCACAUUCAUGUCUGAUUCUUAAAAUAUGUAUGCCUUUAAAUAAAUGCCUUAUAUAAUUCUAAUAAAAGUUACUUCUAGCCUAAUAUAAUAAACAGUCGGCUAAUUAAUAAAAUACAUCGAUGAAAUCAUCAGUGGCCGGUCUCCGUGUGGACCGCAAGCUCCAGUAAUUCUGAUUAUGCUCAGUAUUCACACCCGACCAGGGCCAUCCGUGUAAUCCCUGCCUGUGGGGAUUCGUGUUCUGAGAAUGUGCUGCAGGCGACCGAAGAGCUUUGAGUAUAUCAUUCGAGUAUCAUUUCUUAAAAAUAGAUUAAAUCCAUUCCCAAUUGAAGGUGCAACCCUACAGUACUUAUUGGCUCUUCAUCCUAACGCCCCCUCCCCCUGCCUAACUGUUUUUGUAGGAACCCUGAGGGCUGAAUGCUUACUUGAAAAGGUGCUGCAUUUACUUAUUGACUCAUUUGAACUGGUUAAUUCCUAAAAAUUUAAACCUGAGAAUUGAUACGUGGCCGCUCCUAGAUGGGCCGCCUUGGAAAGUUUUGAUGAGGAAAGCCAGUGCAUAAUAUUAAUAACUAGGGCAGACAAUAAUAAAAGGAUACAAAAAAAACGUCUGACAUAAUGGUCAAGGGAGAAAGUUAAAAUCACAUAGUAUAGGCCAGGAAGGAACCAAUAUACAGGAUAACAGGGAUUAUCAGCAAGGGCUUGUCGGGUAACCAUCUAUCUGUUCAUAAAUAAAUGUAUUGAAUUUGGUGAUACAUCAUUAUUGCCUAAUUCUUUCAUUGAAUUGCUCCAAAAAUAUUUAAAUACGACACAGAAGCAUUAUGAUGCUUUAAUCUAUUAACCAAUGAGUGGGCUGAAGAUAUUGCUGUCAGAAGUUUAUUCACCGGUUUCCGGUCUUCAAUGAGCCGAUGUAUCCAGUUGAAUUGAGUCUUAGUUGGCUAUUGUUUAGGGCAGCCUACAAUGUAAUUAUUGAAAAAAGACGUUCCAACUGCAUGAGUUGCUAUUCAAAUGUGUGGUUGAAUGCUAUGCUGCUGUACAUUACGCUUUCAGUUGAGGCUGGGAUGUUCGUGCAGGUGGGCACUUUUGUAAACUUGGCAACCCCAGGGGGAACUCUGCCUACCCUGGUCAACGUAAUGCUGUGGCAACGGAUAACUCCUUAACCUCAAAGACAUGGCUUCUUUCUCUGCUUGAUUCUUGGAUGUUAACUACCAGAAAGUAACUUUUUUAAUUUUGGUGGAUGCCUGAAUUGUAGGUUAUAAGUAAUUAUUUUAUAGAAUGUUAUCAAAGCGGUCGGACUAACAGCGCUGCUGGUACACAUCCUCCGCAGAAUUGGGAGAGAGUGGCCUGUACAGGAGAUUCUACAGCUGUAGUGUAUUUUAUCAGUGUCUUGGCGGCGUAUCUGCAGACCCUGAUAGGAAUACGGGUCUUGUGAAGUUGUGAAGCUCUUUCUACAGGGAGGAGUGUGAGUACGGGCCAAGGGUGUGGGUUGUUGGCAUUGGUAGUUAUUGGGACAAAACAAAUUUAAAUGGGCAUUCAAGGAGUCGCUUUAAACUGUAUUGAUUGCAUCGAUUUAAUUGGACAGAAGAGUCCUGUGAUUUGUGACCACGCCAUGCAUCUUUUACUUUACCAAUUCAUUUUCAUACCCAGGUCCAGACCUUUAGUGUACUGUUCAGUCCUAUAUAUUUACUGAUCAAUCCAUGCCUGAAAGGGGCUAGGGUCAUUGGGUCGCACAUUUCAUUGCACCCCCCUUUUUUUUUUUUUGCAAUAUUGCCAUGGGGUGCUUCACGCAUCCUCCAUCUGCUCAUAUUCAUUAGAAAAUUUUAACUAAAUACAAUUUUUAAUGUUUUUAUUGCAUGGGUGUUUUAUUAUUCAGUGGCUCGAUAUCUCUCUCCUCACAAACUACCUCUUGAGCUUUGACGUAAAAAAAUGAUAGGCCGGUAAAUAGGUUCUUGAGUAACUCCAGUUCCAUCUUGUCCUUUCCUGUUAAAACAUCAACAAAACAUCCAUGUCUUAUUUCCCAUUUAUGCACAUGGUGCACUAAUAUAUGGUGGGCCAGUACCACUAUUACUUUCUCUGGAAAGAGAACCGGGAGAGGAUUGUGUGACCAUGUCUGACAAAUUCGUUCUUCCUUCUUUCAAUGAAUGUACUCUACCCUUGUUUUUACCAAAUGGAUACCAGUGUAUUUUUUUUUUUUUAAUUACCUACUACAAUUUUCGACAAUUUUAUGUGUGUAGAAAAUACCAAUACUAACAGUAAUUAAGAUACACAGGUUAAACAUCCAUUCUGGAUAUCUGACGAUGUCCAACAGUUGAUCGCCACCGUCUUCUUCUUCCAGAGGUUCUUGCUCUGCAGGUGAUGUCACUGGUCACGUGACAGCAGUGAGGAGUCCUUUAAGCUGUGUGUGUGUGUGUGUGUGUGUGUGUGUCAGCUGUCUUGGCUAGCAGACAAAGCUGUCUGCUAGCAUGCACUUGUCUGGCUGUCACUUGCUCCAUAUUUGGUUCUAGUGGAUGGGCCUCUCUUCCAUUGCUUUCGCCACUCCUGCUUGGAGGAUUUUAUGUCAGUCUGCCUGACUGGAGAACACUCUACAAGGUGGUGCAACAGAUCCUACUCAUUAAUACAUUAGAUUAAGUUGGUGCUGCAAUAAUCCAGCUCUGAAUCACUACCUUUGCUCUUCAACUUUCGUGUUAAACUAAUUUAAAAGAAUGGCUAUAAGCAUACCAAAACAAAUGAAAACCACGAACUACCAUGUACUUAGACCUUUAAAGCGGCUUGAUAACAGGUUCAAUCUGCUGAUUGUUUAUCUGUAGGAGAGAGAGCUGUGGCAAGUUACAUUUGUGUGCCCAAUGGCUAAAAAGUUGUUUACCCUCAAAGAGCGAUCCAACGUUGUCGUUGGGUUCAAAAAACGAUGACCACCUUAUUCCCCAUAGCGUGUUAAAACGAGACUCUCACUGUCCAUCUUUAGAUGUUAAAGAAAAGAAGAAAUGACAAAACCGCCUCUCCUUCUUCUACCUCUGUGGUGGAUGGUGUGCCUGUGGCCCCUGCGAUGAGGGGCCCAUCUGACAACUUCAGAGACUUGGAUUGUAUAUUCGUCCAGCGUCUGCUCUGCUGUUCAUUUCUGCUUUGCCGUAAAUUCUAUCCUUCACUGCGUAUUUAUAGGGAAUGUUAUGGAGAAAUCACCACUCCUAACGGGAAAUUGUCCAACAGCGUGCCACGUUGUAUCCAAAUUCAUGUUCUGUCAAACAGUGUUAUAUCGCAGUUAGGUGUGUCCACGUUAAAAAAAUAACUAGAAAAACGUAUUCAAUUACAAAUUUAUUGCUAGAUGGAAAAUGGAAGAAUAAUGGGAAUUGAAGGUGUCAAUAAAAGGUCGUAUUGACUCUGACCCAGUCCUUUCAACAUCGGACCCUCUGAAAGUGGGCUAAUGAGUGGUAAGGGCACACCAAUAGGACGCCGCUGUGGGUGGUGCUCUAAGCUAAUGUUAAUAGAAGUCCCUGCCCAUGCAUGUGCACUGCAAGCCACGACUUCUUACCGUCACAGCUGGCCAACACGGAGGGGAUGUGGGAAACGCAGAGAAUACUCCAGCAGUGGCAGGAGCCCACGGGCCCGGCCAAGGUGGUGCGGGCAGGGAACCCACCCCGGCCCCGGCGAGGGGGAAAGGUUGGAGAUUUUGGAGACGCCAACAACUGGCCAACUCCAGGGGAGAUCGCCACGAAAGACACACAGGUGGAGGUAGUGGCACGGACGGUGCCCUGCCCACCCAUCGUCAAGCAGGUCCGAGACUCUCAGAGACUCCCCCCCCCCAAGAAGACGGCGGUGAAGAAGGAGACCAAGGAGAAGAAGGAGAGCAACGAGGAGAGCAAGGAGAACCUGAAGGCCAAGUCGGACGACUCCGGGGAGGAGAAGAACGGAGAGGAGGACUCCCAGAAGAAUGGGCAGAAGAAGAAAGGCCCCAAACACAAGUGGGUCCCGCUGAUGAUCGAGGUGAAGUCGGAGGGACCCCGGGAGCGCUCUGCCUCCAGGAACAACAGCCGGCAGAACGAGAACCCCCGCAUGCCCCCCAACGCCAGGAACGACCUCAGAGAUUGGCACAGUCAGAAGUACGAGCGGGAGUGGCGCGACGACCACGACGAGGUGUCGAGCGUGAAGAGCGAGGGCACGCCGUUCCGCGGCGGGUUCAGAGGUCGCGGCCGUGGCAGAGGAAGGGGCCGAGGGCGUGGCCGAGGAGGGCGAGGUCACUAUGACCACCACUACGGCUACAAGGCCUACGAGGGGAAGGAUGGUGCCUACGGCCAGAAAUUCAACAGCACGGUCACCUACUACUACGACAACAUGAGCAGCAACGAGCUCUACACCGUCGACCACGAUCUGCUCAAGGACUACAUCAAGCGGCAGAUCGAGUACUACUUCAGCCUGGACAACCUGGAGCGGGACUUCUUCCUGCGGAGGAAGAUGGACCAGGAAGGCUUCCUGCCCAUCGGACUGAUCGCCAGCUUCCACCGUGUGCAGGCUCUCACCACUGACCUCAGCCUCAUCCUGGAGGCCUUGAAGGACAGCAAGGAGGUGGAGAUCAUUGACCUGAAGAUCCGCCGCAAGGAGGACCCAGACAAAUGGCCGCUGCCGCCGCUGGCCAUGGGCGACCCCGCCCAGACAGACUUCUCCCAGCUCAUCAACUGCCCCGAGUUUGUGCCACGCCAGCCAAGCGAGGCCCCCAAAGGUUCUUCCAGGGCUUCAGGGGGCACCCGAAAGCAGCUGAAGAUGGAGCCAGACAUCUCCAACCUGAAGACCAUGCCCAAGGGCCUCUCCGCCAGCCUGCCAGAUCUGGACUCGGAGUCCUGGAUCGAGGUGAAGAAGAGGCCCCGGGCCUCCCCGGCUAGACCCAAGUCCCCCUCGUUGCAGAAGGAGAAGGAGGAGGUGACUCGCUCCCCCCUGCCCCUGUGUAUGAGCUCUCCCUCCCCCAGCGCUGCAGGGCCCAAGGAGGGCGGCGCGGAGCCCGACGAGCCCGAGGAGCUGGACUUCAUGUUCGACGAGGAGAUGGAGCAGAUGGACGGCCGGCGCAACACCUUCACCGACUGGUCGGACGACGAGGACUCGGACUGCGAGAUCGACGACCACGACGUCAACAAGAUCCUGAUCGUGACGCAGACGCCGCCCUACCUGCGCAAGCACCCGGGCGGCGACCGCACGGGCAAGCACACGGCGCGCUCCAAGCUGACCACGGAGCUGGUGAAGGUGAUCAACGACGGCCUCUUCUACUACGAGCGGGACCUGUGGGACGACACCUGCGACCCGGAGUACGCCACCAUCAAGCAAGAGGUGGAGAACUUCAAGAAGGUCCACCUGAUCACCCGGGAAGAGUUUGACUGCUUAACCCCUGAACCGCCGGUGGACCCCAACCAAGAAGUCCCCCCAGGCCCUCCAAAGGGCCAGCUAAUCCCCACAGACGCCCUGGCCAACAAGCUGUUUGGCGCGCCGGAGCCCUCCGCCAUGGCCCGCUCGCUCCCCACCACCGUGCCCGACUCGCCCAACUACCGCGGCGCCCGCACGCCGCGCACGCCACGCACGCCCCACCGCAAGGACUCCACCAUGACGCCGCGCUUCUACCCCGUGGUCAAGGAGGGCCGGCCGGUCGACGCUAAGACCCCCAGGAAGAGGAAGACCCGACACAGCUCCAACCCCCCCAUGGAGUGCCACGUGGGCUGGGUGAUGGACUCUAGAGAGCACCGCUCCCGCACCGCCUCCGUCAGCUCCAACGCCAGCCCCUCCGAGGGCACCCCUGCCCUGGGCAACAUCGGCUGCACGCCCCAGUCGCUGCCCAAGUUCCAGCACCCCUCCCACGAGCUGCUCAAGGAGAACGGCUUCACGCAACACGUUUACCACAAGUACCGCAGACGCUGCCUCAACGAGCGGAAGCGCCUGGGGAUCGGCCAAUCGCAGGAGAUGAACACGCUGUUCCGCUUCUGGUCCUUCUUCCUGAGGGACCACUUCAACAGGAAGAUGUACGAGGAGUUCAAGCAGCUGGUGGUGGAGGACGGCAAGGAGGGCUACAGGUACGGUCUGGAGUGCUUGUUCAGGUACUUCAGCUACGGCCUGGAGAGAAAGUUCCGGCCUGACAUCUUCAAGGACUUCCAGGAGGAGACCAUGAAGGACUAUGAAGCUGGCCAGCUCUACGGCCUGGAGAAGUUCUGGGCCUUCCUGAAGUACUCCAAGAACAAGAGCAUGGAGAUCGACCCAAAGCUGCAGGAGUUCCUCAGCAAGUUCAAGCGCCUGGAAGACUUCAGGAUUGACCCCCCCAUGGAGGACGGAGGACGCCGGAGACACUCCUCCAGCGGCGGGGACGGACGCCGCCGCCACCCCUCACUGCCCUCCAGCCGCCCCCACAGCCAAGCCAGCUCGGGCCCCUCCACGGCCCCGGGCCCCGUCAACCCCACCAAGGACGAUGCCAAAAAUGCGAAAGCUCCCGCCGCUGAGGACGACGACAAGGCCGUGAAGUAACCCUGCCACGCCCGCAGGCCGCGAUCCAGACCCGCCGGCCCCGGGGCCACCAGGGGUCCUCGGCUGCGGGGUGGG